GAUAGUUUACGAAUAAGGAUAACUUCAAAAGAUUAUUUCUUUCUAAUCAGCGAUAACAUGGAGGUGCCUGUGUUUGGCGAUAAAAUCGUACAGCAGCUGAAAUUGUUAGCUCAGCAAUGCAUGAGUGAUGCAUCUCUUCUUCAUGAUCCAAAACUAUCCUUUAUUAAGGAUUUAAUAGAACAUUAUGGUGGUAAGGUACCAGAAGCUAAAGCAAAUGAUUCGUCAGAUACCAAAACAGAAUUUGAAGACAAACCUCAACCACAAUUUGAAUCGGCACCAGAGAGUGAAGAAAGUGAUUUAGAAUUGGAUAUGACUGGCGUAAUCGAAUCUGAUGAAGAUAUUCCUCAAAAAAUGGGAAAUUUGACUUUACAACCCAGUGAGGAAGAAAUUGCGGAGUCACAAGCAAAAAGAUCUGAAGCAAUCUCUGCAUUUGUAGAGAAAGAUUACGAGAAAACCGUACAACUUUACACAGAGGCUAUUGUACUGAAUCCUCAAGCAGCUUUACUAUAUGCUAAACGUGGUCAAGUUUUCCUAUUAUUGAACAAGCCGAAUGCUUGCAUUCGCGAUUGCAACUGUGCUAUAGAAUUAAAUCCAGAUAGCGCAGCGGCUUACAAAUUCAGAGGAAGAGGUUAUCAUUUGCUUGGGAAGUUUGAGGAAGCGGCAAAUGAUUUGAGACUAGCUUGUAAACUGGAUUUUGAUGAACAAGCAGACGAAUGGCUACGCGAGACUACACCAAAUGCACGAAAGAUAGAGGAACACAAAAGAAAGAAGGAACGGAAGACGCAAGAAAAAUUAGAACGCGAGAGACAAGAAAGAUUGCGGAAAGCACGAGAGGCAGCCAAAGCUCGUGAGGAAAAUACGCGAACUUCUCAAACGGAUGCGGGCAGUACAUUCCCCGGCGCAGGAGAUUUCUAUCAAUUUCUUAAAGAUCCUGACUUACGUCAAGCCUUUGAGGAUCCAGAAGUGGCCGAGGCUUUCAAGGAUAUUUCCAUGAAUCCGACGAAUGUCCUGAAAUAUCAAAACAAUCCCAAAGUAAUGGCCCUUAUCAAUAAGAUGGCUUCGAAAUUCGGUGGUGCUGACAUGUUUGGCGCUGCCGGGAUGAAUUUCCCGGGAGCUAUGCCUGGUUUUCCCGGUGCUGGGACUGGUCAGUUUAAUCCCCCUCCUCAUGAUGACGUUGGUCUCGACUAAUCGGGAUCUAAUCACUGUACAACGAAUACGGAGGGCGUAUGUAUCGAUUAGUUGACUCAUUAAAGGCUGGUUUAUGUUACU